UAAUUCCCAAGAAAUUAAACAAUGGAAUCGGAGAAGACAGACCAAGCGGUGCUGAUCGGAAGCUGGUACGCCUCCUACACCAACAGGGUGGAAGUAGCCCUCAAGAUCAAGGGCAUACCCUACGAGUACAUAGAGGAAGAUACCACCAACAAGAGCGAGCUCCUCCUCCGCCACAACCCGGUCCACAAACAAGUCCCCGUGCUUGUGCACAACGGCCGUCUGGUCGCAGAGUCGCUGGUGAUACUCAAGUACAUUGACGAACAAUGGAGCCGCGGGCCCAGACUGUUGCCUGAGGAUCCUUACCACAGGGCCAAGGUACGGUUCUGGGCCAACUUUUACAAUGAAAAGAUCAAGGCUGGAGGCUAUUCGAUAAUCAAGUCAAGAGGCAAGGACCGAGACAAGGCCAUCGAUGACUACAUGGAGCUGCUCAAAGUGUUCGUAGAAGGUAUCCAGAGGGACUUCCCGUCGAAAUCCCUGUUCCACGAGGGGGAGAGCUUGGGCCAUCUUGGGAUAGUAGUGGGAGCAAAUGCGGGCAACUACGAGGCCUUCAAUGAGGCCUUUGGGCUUGAGGUGGGUCCACACAACUCCCCAGCAUUCUUCUCUUGGGUCGAUGCCCUUAAGGAUCAUCCAGUGAUGAAGGAGACCCUCCCACCUCCCCACAAGCUCGUUGCCAAGCUUAAGAAGAGCCUUCCAGUCUCCUAG